AUUUUACAUAAAUUGUGAAAAUUUAUUUCAGACAUUAAACUUGGAUCACAAAAUAAAGUCAAAUACAAUUGAAAGAUGUUUUCAAACAUAAUUCAAAUGUUUAAAAAUAAUAAUGAACUUUUUGUAUAGGCACGUGGAGAAUAUUCUAUCGCAAGGUUAAAAAUUAAUUAAAGUGUGAUUAAAAAACAAGAGAAUAUAUACUUCUACUACCUUAAAUUAUCAUAGAAUGAAAAAUAGAAAACAUUAAAAAAUGGAUACAUUAACCUAUACAAGUCCUCUAGCAACUGUACAACUUAUACCAAUCUUCAAUUAUUUAACAAUACUUAGUGAUUAUUUAUUCAUUAACAAUUAUUUACCAGAAUUUGAUCAAUACAAACAAAUACCAAUUAUAAAUGCACUUUAUGAUUAUUUAGAAGAAAAUAAAGAUACUUUAGGCAAUAGAGUGAAAUUAAUUCGAUAUUUAUUAAAAGGUAGUGAUCUAUAUGGAGAAGAAGAUAAUGAAUAUUUAGAUCCAAUUUUCGUUAAUGAAAUGUUUAACUACAUCAUUAGUUCUCUUGUAUUUGAUAAAUAUGGAAAUAUUUAUGGAUUUUUGGCAGAAACAAUUCGUGGGUUAAAAAAUUUACAAUUUGAUUAUGUUAUGCCGAAGAUAAAAGAACAACUUGCAAAUACAAGUUAUGAAAAUGAAUUUGGAAUUCCCUCGACACUUAGUGAUUUUGCUGUUGAAAGAAUAUAUCACAAUAUAAUAUUGCCACUUUUUCCGCAACCCAAUAAUAUUGAUAUCAAUUUAUUGUCUCUUGAUUAUAUUUUUGCACAAGCUGGUUCAAUAUAUCUUCGUCUUGGAAGAAUAAAUGAAACCUAUUUUCCUGAUUUUGAAAAUUAUAUUUUAACAAAAAGCUUUAAUAAUCUAAAAUUUGAUGAUUUUGUUACAGUCGGACAUAUAAUAAUUAAUUUAUUACAUAGAGAAAAUAUUGAUAUUUUAACAUUAAGAGCUUUUGCACUUCCAGUUGUUUUCUAUUAUAUUUCAACUGAGACAAAAAUUAUAAAUGAAACAAUAAGAAAUAUAAUUUUUGAACCACAUCAUUGGGAGAUGGCUUAUCAUAAUUUUUUGCAAUUUACAACUAUUGCUUUUGAACAGAUAAAAAAUCAAUUAACCAAAGAUUAUGCAUAUAAAAUUCAUGAGGCAUUUUUGAAAUUUCAUAAUCGUUUUUAUAUGGCUAAACUAUUUUUGGAUCUAGAAUGCCGACUAUCAUUGAAUGAAAAAGAAAGAAAACAAAGAAUUCCUAUGUACAUAAAAAAUUAUAAUAAAAAUUUUCAAUGUCACAAUGAAAGUGUUUUACCGGACAUUAAUGAAUGGUUCAUAAAGCAAAUUGAUUAUAUAGUCGAUAUGUAUGAAAAAUAUGAUUUAGCGAUAGUUCAGCAGUAUUUUAAUCAAUUUUUAAAGGAAAAAAAAUUUAAUGAAAUCGAAAUAAAAUUAUUAGUUAAUGAUUUUAAUAAUUUAACCAGUAAAUCUUUCGAUUUACUUGAAUUUUCUUCCUCCGACAAGAGAAAUUCAGAUUAUUAUGCAUUAAUACGAGAAAAUUAUACUGUUACAUUUAUUAAAGAAUCUGAUAAUCCAGAAAUUUUCAAUCAAAAAGUUGGAUCAUCUUCAGAAAAAUAUAAACAAUCAACAAAUAAAAUUGUAAUUUUAAAAUAUGCCAAUGAACAAAUAGAAGAAUUUUAUCAAGAAUUAAUGAAAUAUAAAAAGGAAAAAUUAAAAUUUUAUUUAAAUAAUUUAGACAAUAAUUCAGAAUGGUGGAAAGAAUUUGGAUUAUCUUUGGUGCCAGCUUAUCCAUGUUUAUCAAAUAAUGAUGAUAAAAAUUUGUGUGAAGAAGAUGAUAUAAAAUUUUUAAAAAAAUUUCCCGAAAACAUAACAUCUAAUAUAAUAGACAUAUAUACACGAUCUCUUUUAUCUUUAUUUGGUAUAAAUAUAAGAAUAGUAUUUUUAAAAAACUUAAUUGAUGAAACAAUCGAUAGAUUAAAUAUUCCUCUUAAAAAAUUUACCACUAUUUCGCUACAAAAUAAAACAGAUACAAUAUGGAAUAAAUUUUCACUACAUUUAGAGGAGCCUGAAUGUGAAUCUAAUUCAAUAACACAAGAAGGUAUAAAAAUAAUAACAGCCGUUAUUGACAAUUUAAAAAAACAAACUAAUGAAAAUUUUGCAAUUGUUGAUAAAAUUUUAAAUAAAAUGAAAUUUUUAAAAUCUAAUUUCAUUAGAAAUGUUAGUAUCGUCGAUAAAAAUGAAAAUCAAAUAUUAUACAUACGUUCAUUUAACAGUUAUACUGGUUAUGGUUAUAAAUUUAUAUUUACUUCUCCUGUAUCUCAAAAUAAAACUGAAAUUGCUAAUCUCAGAAGUGAUUAUGGUUUCAAUAGUAAAAUGUUUAUUAAACUUUUUAAUAAUUCAUCAAAAAUUGAAAAAACAUAUAUUAAAUUUAAUACAUAUUAUCAAGAUUUCAAUACUGAAUAUUAUAUGCAAGAAAUUAAUAAUCAUCUUCAUAGAAAAUUUACCAGAAUUUUAUUUUUUGGUAUAUCGUCUCAUGAUAUUAAUGAACAAUGUGAUAAUUAUGAAUAUUUACAAGAAUCGAAACAUUCUAAUGUUUGCCUAAGACAUAGGCGUUUUAUUGAAAAAAUUCAUAUAAAAAACGAAAUAGUUGAGAUAAUAAAAAAAAAUUUUAUUCUUAAAAAAAAAUAUCAAUCCGAAGAGGAAAUACGUAAAUCAUUAGAAAAAUACACCUUACCAGAUAAUAAAAUAUUUUUAAUAUAUUUUGUCAAUCAUUUUCUAGAAGACAACAAUUUUGAAGAAUCUGAAUGGAGUAAAUAUUUACUAAUAGAGAAUUCUCAUAUUUUAAAUAAAUUAAGAUUCGAUAUACGUUUAGAAAAUAAUAUUUCAAACAUUGUAGCUAAAGAGAGAAUAAAUUUACUCUACACAUAUAGAGAGAGAUCUAAAAUUGAAGAAGCAACAUCACUGGGAAAUAUAAUUAAAAAUUACAAUAAUCAAAAGGCAGGUUAUUCGGCAACAUUUGAAGAUUACUAUGCAAUUAGAAAUUUUAUUACAACAGGCAAUAGAAGAAUAAGUCAAGAUACAAGUGAAGCAAAAUUAAUGAAACUUGCUUUAUAUAAAUUAGCAAUAAGACAAUCUGACGAUUUAAAAGAGGAUUUUGAAUCGAAAUUAUUUCGAAUCGAAUACAAAUCUGUCGAAUGGAUUAAAAAGGAAAUAUAUAUUGGAAAACGUUUUAUUUUUCAAAAAUUUUUAACAACUUCUACAAAUAUUAAAUCUGCGGAAAGACUUUCUGAAUUUCCACCAAAUGGAUUUCGUUAUGUUUUAUAUGAAAUGGAUUUUUUUGGUUCUUAUUUUAGAGUAAAAAUUGAAGUUGACGAAGAAGAAGUGGUUGUCAAUCAUAAUUAUCAUAUUCAUAGAGAAAAAAAAGUUAUACUUUUGCCUGGUAGUGAAUUUGAAAUAGUGGAAAUUGUACUAACAAAACUUGAAGCAGUUGGAAAUGUUUUAAAAGUGGUACUACUUUCUAAAUCUCAUUUCUAUAAAACUUAUGAUUAUUAUAAAAAAAUUAUGAACGAAAUUUCACGUAAUAAAUAA